CUUGUAAUUAACCACUUCUAAUCAUCAGUGUCUUAGAGCUAUAUUUAGUGGUUAUAUUAGUGCAAAAUGAAUGGGUAUGGAGUUGUAAACCUAGAAACGGAAACCUGUGUUCCUCUACACAUGAUUCUGAACUAAAUGAGUAGAGCAUACUUGAGUAUGUAAGGGCUAUUUUAGAUCUAUGAGGCAGGAAGUUAGAAUUUAAGAAAUUUAAGAAAUGCACUGUCUUCAAAAGAGUUUUUUGCUAAAAUUAAGGUGUUCUGUAAUUCUUUUGAAGGGCGAGUACAUAAUUAAAAGUGCUGUGCUUUCUCCCUUGGUUAAAACUCAGGUUCUUUGUUAAGGCACAUGCAUUAAUUUUGUUCUGGUGGCUUAUAUGUUGCUUUGCUGAAUAGGCUACAGUUGCUAGAAUACGUGUGUGGGUAUACCAUAUUGGUUUAAUCCCACACCUGAACCCAGGGCAUCAUGUUUCAAAUGCUUUGUUACUAAGCUACAGCCUUAGCCCUUUUAAAAAUCUUAUUUUGAAGCAGGGUCUCACUCUGUAUGUCUUGAACUUGUGAUUCUUUCGCCUCAGCCUCCAGAGUCCCUGGGAUUACAGGCAUGUGACACCAAACCUAGCUUCAACAACCUCUUUUUAAAGGCACAUAGUUCCUGGAAGUUCUUUGAAACAGUAAACCUAUUAUUAAUGAUUGUUGUAGAAGAUACUUUUUUUUCUCCUUUUUGAGUUAUAAAGAAAAGAGGUUUAUUUUGGCUCAUGGUUCUGUUCUAAGGUUAAGGGGCUGUAUCUAGUUUUGUUGGGGGAGUCCUGAGGUGGCACAUGUGUCAUGUAAUAUGUUGAAAGAUUAGGUGUCAGAAUGUAACUUUAAAUUUUUUUUUUGGCAUUAUAUACCAUUAGGUCAGGCAGAGAGAAAAUUAAAUAGUUAAGCGAGGUUUUUAAACAUUCUUAGAACAGUACUGCCUGUUUUUGGUCAGGGGAAUGGGCAGGAAGUGAUACUAUUUGAUUGCUUCAGUUAAGUAGUAUAAUAAAAAAUUAAAUAGUUUAUUUUGAAAAUAACGUCAGGCUUCAAGUUGAUGCAGUGCUUUGUUGUAGGAGGACUGAUUUCUUUGUCCAGACCAGCCAGUAAGCUUUAUUUAGAUAACUUAUGGUAAUUAAUUUUUUUUUUUUUAAGAGAGAGAGAGAGGGAGAAAAUUUUUGUUUGUAUGUGAUGCUGAGGAUCGAACCCAGGUCGCACGCAUGCCAGGCGAGCGCGCUACCGCUUGAGCCACAUCCCCAGCCCGGGAGAAAAUUUUUUAAUAUUUAUUUCUUAGUUUUCGGUGGACACAACAUCUUUGUAUGUGGUGCUGAGGAUCGAACCUGGGCCGCACGCAUGCUACCGCUUGAGCCACAUCCCCAGCCCUGUUCUUCAGUUGUUGUGAAGCAUAAGACCUUUCAAACCACUGUAGAUAUGGACAAAGAAGAAAGGAAGACUAUCAACCAGGGUCAAGAAGAUGAAAUGGAGAUUUAUGGUUAUAAUUUGUGUCGCUGGAAGCUUGCCAUAGUUUCUUUAGGAGUGAUUUGUACUGGUGGGUUUCUUCUCCUCCUCCUAUACUGGAUGCCUGAGUGGCGGGUGAAAGCAACUUGUAAAAGAGCUGCAGUUAAAGAAUGUGAAGUGGUGCUGCUGAGGACUACUGAUGAAUUCAGAAUGUGGUUUUGUGCAAAAAUUCGUUUUCUUUCUCUGGAAAAUCAUCCAUUUUCAAAUCCAAAAUCUGUAACUGAUAAGAUUUCAAAUGGCCAUGCAGUUCAUUUAACUGAGAAUCCUGUUGAAGAGAAUAGUCAUGAGAUGAGUAAAUAUUCACAGACUCAGACACAACAGAUUCGUUAUUUCACCCACCAUAGUGUAAGAUAUUUCUGGAAUGAUACCAUUCGCAAUUUUGAUUUCUUAAAGGGGCUGGAUGAAGGUGUUUCUUGUACAUCAAUUUAUGAAAAACAUGGUGUGGGACUGACAAAAGAGAUGCAUGCCUGCAGAAAAUUGCUUUAUGGUGUAAAUGAAAUUACUGUGAAAGUGCCUUCUGUUUUCAAGCUUCUAAUUAAAGAGGUUCUCAAUCCAUUUUACAUUUUCCAGUUGUUCAGUGUUAUACUGUGGAGCACUGAUGAAUACUAUUAUUAUGCUCUAGCCAUUGUGAUUAUGUCCAUAGUAUCAAUUGUCAGCUCCCUAUAUUCCAUUAGAAAGCAAUAUGUUAUGUUGCAUGACAUGGUGGCAGCUCACAGCACUGUGAGAGUUUCAGUUUGUAGAGUAAAUGAAGAAAUAGAAGAGAUAUUUUCUACAGACCUUGUGCCAGGAGAUGUGAUGGUCAUUCCUUUAAAUGGAACAGUCAUGCCUUGUGAUGCAGUACUUAUUAAUGGCACUUGCAUUGUAAAUGAAAGCAUGUUAACAGGAGAAAGUGUUCCAGUGACAAAGACUAAUUUGCCAAAUCCUUCAGUGGAUAUAAAAGGAAUGGGUGAGGAAAUAUAUAGUCCAGAAACACAUAAACGACACACUUUGUUUUGUGGAACGACUGUUAUUCAGACUCGUUUCUACACUGGAGAGCUCGUCAAAGCCAUAGUAGUUCGAACAGGAUUUAGUACUUCCAAAGGACAGCUUGUUCGUUCCAUAUUGUAUCCCAAACCAACUGAUUUUAAACUCUACAGAGAUGCCUACUUGUUUCUGCUGUGUCUUGUGGCAGUGGCUGGCAUUGGGUUCAUCUACACGAUUAUCAAUAGCAUUUUAAAUGAGGAAGAAGUUGGGGUAAUAAUCAUAGAGUCUCUUGAUAUAAUUACAAUUACUGUGCCACCUGCACUUCCUGCUGCAAUGACUGCUGGUAUUGUGUAUGCUCAGAGAAGACUGAAAAAAGUUGGUAUUUUCUGUAUCAGUCCCCAACGGAUAAAUAUAUGUGGACAGCUGAAUCUUGUUUGUUUUGACAAGACUGGAACGCUUACUGAAGAUGGUUUAGAUCUCUGGGGGAUUCAACGAGUAGAAAAUGCCCGAUUUCUUUUACCAGAAGAAAAUGUUUGCAAUGAAAUGUUGGUAAAAUCUCAGUUUGUUGCUUGUAUGGCUACCUGUCAUUCACUUACAAAAAUUGAAGGAAUGCUUUCUGGUGAUCCACUUGAUUUAAAAAUGUUUGAAGCCAUUGGAUGGAUUCUGGAAGAAGCAACUGAAGAAGAAACAGCACUUCAUAAUCGAAUUAUGCCCACUGUGGUUCGUCCUCCUAAACAGCUGCUUCCUGAAUCUAUACCUGCAGGAAACCAAGAAAUGGAGCUGUUUGAACUUCCAGCUAUUUAUGAGAUAGGAAUUGUUCGCCAGUUCCCAUUUUCUUCUGCUUUGCAACGUAUGAGUGUGGUUGCAAGGGUGCUAGGGGAUAAGAAAAUGGAUGCGUACAUGAAAGGAGCCCCUGAGGUCAUUGCCAGUCUUUGUAAACCAGAAACCGUUCCUAUUGAUUUUGAGGAAGUUUUAGAAGAUUAUACUAAACAAGGCUUCCGUGUGAUUGCUCUCGCACAUCGAAAAUUGGAGUCAAAACUGACAUGGCAUAAAGUACAGAAUAUUAGUAGAGAUGCCAUUGAAAACAACAUGGAUUUUAUGGGAUUAAUUAUAAUGCAGAACAAAUUAAAGCAAGAAACCCCUGCAGUACUUGAAGAUUUGCAUAAAGCCAACAUUCGCACUGUCAUGGUCACAGGUGACAACAUGUUGACUGCUGUCUCUGUGGCCAGAGACUGUGGAAUGAUUCUACCUCAAGAUAAAGUUAUUAUUGCUGAAGCAUUACCUCCAAAGGAUGGGAAAGUUGCCAAGAUAAAUUGGCAUUAUGCGGACUCACUAACACAGUGCGGUAAUUCAUCAGCAAUUGACUCUGAGGCUAUCCCAAUUAAGUUGGUUCAUGAUAGCUUAGAAGAUCUUCAAUUGACUCGUUAUCAUUUUGCAAUGAAUGGAAAAUCAUUUUCAGUGAUAUUGGAGCAUUUUCAAGACCUUGUUCCUAAGUUGAUGUUGCAUGGCACUGUGUUUGCACGUAUGGCACCUGAUCAGAAGACACAAUUGGUAGAAGCAUUGCAAAAUGUAGAUUACUUUGUUGGGAUGUGUGGUGAUGGUGCAAAUGAUUGUGGUGCUUUGAAGAGGGCACAUGGAGGCAUUUCCUUAUCAGAGCUUGAGGCUUCGGUGGCAUCUCCGUUUACCUCUAAAACUCCUAGUAUUUCCUGUGUGCCAAACCUUAUAAGGGAAGGCCGUGCUGCUUUAAUGACUUCCUUCUGUGUGUUUAAAUUUAUGGCAUUGUACAGCAUCAUACAGUACUUCAGUGUUACUCUUCUGUAUUCUAUCUUAAGUAACCUAGGAGACUUCCAGUUUCUCUUCAUUGAUCUGGCAAUCAUUUUGGUAGUGGUAUUUACAAUGAGUUUAAAUUCUGCCUGGAAGGAACUUGUGGCACAAAGACCACCUUCAGGCCUUAUAUCUGGGGCCCUACUCUUCUCUGUUUUAUCUCAGAUAAUCAUCUGCAUUGGAUUUCAAUCUCUGGGGUUUUUUUGGGUUAAGCAGCAGCCUUGGUAUGAAGUAUGGCAUCCAUAUUCAGAUGCUUGUAAUACAACAAGAAACCCACAUUGGAAUUCUUCACACAUGUAUAAUGAAACUGAACCUGAUUCACACAAUAUACAAAAUUAUGAAAAUACCACGGUGUUUUUUAUCUCCAGUUUUCAGUACCUCAUAGUAGCAAUUGCCUUUUCAAAAGGAAAACCUUUCAGGCAACCUUGCUACAAGAAUUAUCUUUUUGUUGUAUCUGUGAUUAUUUUGUAUGUUUUCAUAUUAUUCAUCAUGUUGCAUCCAGUUGCCUCUAUUGACCAGGUUCUUCAGAUAGUGUGUGUACCAUAUCAGUGGCGUGUAACUAUGCUCAUCAUUGUUCUUGUCAAUGCCCUUGUGUCUAUCAUGGUGGAGAGCUUCUUCCUUGACAUGGUCCUUUGGAAAGUUGUGUUCAAUCGAGACAGACAAGGAGAAUAUCGCUUCACCACCACACAGCCACCACAGGAAUCAGUGGAUCGAUGGGGAAAAUGCUGCUUGUCCUGGGCCCAGGGAUGUAGAAAGAAGAUGCCAAAGGCAAAGUACAUGUAUCUGGCACAGGAGCUAUUGUUUGAUCCAGAAUGGCCACCAAAACCUCAGACGACAACAGAAGCUAAAGCUUUAGUGAAGGAGAAUGGAUCAUGUCAGAUUAUCACCAUAACAUAGCAGUGACUUAGUCUCAGUGGUAUGCUAAUAGCAGUAUUUGAAGGAAUGGUUUUAGGAUUUUCUAGUCCUGUAUGUUAGUGUGGCACUCUUUCAAUUUAUGUCCCUUCUGAUAAGUAUCUGAUUCAAGAGCCUUAUUUAAAACAAAACAAAACAAACAAAAAAGGGUAUUGGCCUCAUUGUUGAAAUUAACUGUCAGUCCAUCUAUAUCUUUAUUCUGUAACCAAAUAUAUACAUUUCCAGAAUUUUGGUUGUUACCCUUAGUCAUACUCUUUAUAUUAGGUACAAGAGAAAUUUGGCGUUUGGUAGAUACUUAGACAUUAGCUUUUGGAACUAGUUUGCCUCUUUAUUUUCACAACCCUCUUAUUAGAAAAAGUUUAUGUUUAUAUACAGGCCCUAAGUUUGUGAUCAUUAAAAAUAAAAUGGGUGUUAAUUAGCCUCCAGUGAAAACAGGUUGAAAGCCUGUUUUCAUUUUAUUCCAAUAUUUCUCCCAAAGAAUUCUGUGUAAACCUACACCAGUUCUCUUUGAUAGUUUAGAAUUAGUAGUGGGUUUUUAUAGUGUUGCUUAUAGAACAACUCAGGUAAUUCCUCUGUAUGGUGUUAUAUUUUCUGUACAAACUGCCUGGGUUUUAUUUUUCUAAUCGGCAAGGUGCUUCACUGCCUUCUUAAGAUGUCCCUCAAAACUGUUAAGUGGAUGUUUUUCUCUGUCUAGUGUCAGUGGUCUAAUUGUUUUGCUUCAUUUAAAUGUUGUGAAACCUUUUUUACUAGAAAAAGAUGAUUUCUUUUGGAAGUAAAUGUAGAUCUGUCUAACAUCUCAACAUACAUUUUUCCCCCCCUUCAGGAUCUGUAUUAUUUAAUUUUUUUUAAAAUUUUCUCCAAUUUUUUAAUUAUCUAAAGACAUAGGAUAAUAAUGAAUUUUGUUUUUUGUGUUUGAAUUUUACCUUGAAAGAUUUUUUUUAAGAUUAGGUGUAUCUCUUAUCAGUAAUAAGGCUUAAAAAAUAAUGAGUAUUGGAUUUGAGAGACUGCUAUUUUUUUUUUCCAAAGUGAUGUAAACUUGGUGAGAGCUUGUUAUGCCAUUAGGUGGCGCCAGAGGUCAAAGCAUACCUACUUUGCUGUAAAUAAACAUACCUGGUGUAGCAAUUUCUGGGAGGAAAAAAAAUGAGGAAAUAAAGAAUAGACAUUCAUUGAGCCGUAAGAAAUGUAGGAAAUUACUUUUCACCUUUCUGUUUUGCUUGAUUAAUGUUCAAAUUUUUCAGGAAUUUAAAGUAAACUUUAAAAUGGAUCUAUAGGUAGGAUUCAGCAGUUUGGCAAUGCCCACAGUUAUGACAGACACAGGAAACUGUAAAACACACCCUACUCUAUUAAAACAAUAUAAUAUUCUAUGUGCUUUCUUAACUAAUCACAUACUUGUGCUUUCCACUGAUCAUUUUUUAGCUGAUCAUUGUUUUCCCAGUACAUUUUUACCAAUUUACCAAAUGUUAUCUGGAACUGUAGAACCAAAUGGUUCUCAUUCUUUAUGCUGCAAAGACCUGAAUGGUGUUUGGUAACUGUAGAAAAAUGCAAGUUACACUCAGGAUCACUGUUAUUGCUGUUGCCACUGAUGAUUCUUACAAAAAAUAUAAUCGAAGUUUUCCAUCAAAAUGUAUAAUAAGAUAUUAAUACACAUUAGAUGAUAAGAACAAUUGUUCCAUGAAUGAUUCUAUGAAGCUAUGCAUCUUAGACCUCUUGAGCUGUGAAUUAGCACUGUUUUCUAUAGUUACUUAAAUCUCUUGAUUGUUUUAUAAUUUCCAUAUUCAUUUUAAAUAUACUCAAGUGUUAUUCUUUGGUGAUUUCUAGAAUUGUAAAUUGUAUUCUUUGGUUUAAAGACUGAAGCAUAUAAACAAAGUAAUUGCUAAGUAGGAGAUUAAAAAUCCAGUUAUCAGAUUGUAUUUAACAUCUUUAAGAGCAUGAUCAUAAAGAACUAUUUUUGACCACGCACACCCCUUUUAAUAUUUAGAGUUAGUAAGGGUUUUAUAUCUCAUCUGUUCAUACUGUUUUCCAGGGAAUGACGUUUUAGAUAGGUGGAAAAGCAUUUGUAGGAAGUUAGAGUGAACAUAAACAGGGUAGGUUAUUCAAGUUCAGAAUGUAUUUGCAGAAUGUCUGAAUCCAGGUGUGGGUCCUCCUCAGUGCCAUAGGUAGACUGAGCCCUCUCUGUAGGUCACCGUUACAUAGUAAUUUUGGUUCUGAAUUUUACAUUAAAUUAUUUGAGUGUAUACAGAACUAAAUUUAAAAAUCUGUACAUAUAUUAUUUUGAUGUAUUAAGAUUGAUAAAUAUUGCUGAUUUAAAUUUUAUUUAUGCACAUAAAGGACAGAAAUGUCCAGGAAAGUAAUUGUUAAAUAAUGAUAUGUAACUUUUUAACUUUUUAAAUAAAUAACAAGAUUUUUAAUGUGUGUCUCCCUCAGGGUUGUUGAAAUUUUUUUUCUUUCUCCCUCAAAUAUAAAUAGUGGUAACUAUGUUUUCUAUCUUCUAGCACCAACUGCUGUAAAGCAAUGCUGCAAAUAAUGCUUGAAUAAAAGUGGCUAAGCCAACAAAAAAAUAAAUACUUUUUAUAGUAGUUUUAUAAUCCUUAAAUUCGAAAGCUUUCCAAAUUGCACUUGCAUUUAAACACAACUGUUGCAGCUUUUACUCAUUUAUUUUGUUUCCCAUGUUGAUGAAAGUACUGCACAGUUUCAAAGGCAUGGCAAAUAAUAUAUCAGUGUUCAUGUAGUUUGUCCCCAAAGUGCAGCUAUAGAUAACAACAUCCAGUGAAGAGCAAAAUGCAGGCUUUAGAAAAAAUUCUAAUAAUUCAUGCAUGUAAUUUUGACAUAUCUGAAAUAGGUUUUUAUAUAUUUAUGGUGGGAGGUGGUUGGGAACUUUCAACAAAGUGGGAUGUUAAUUUUUGUACAGUCUAUGGGCAUUUACACAUAUUUUUAAUGUAUUAAGAUUUGGUAAUUAUGUGCACAUGAAAUUAAUUAAAUAGUUACUUUCUGUUAUGAUUUGUGAAUUCCCUAAGACCUUGGUUUUUUUAAAAUAACUUUAUAUCGGAAAUGAUACUGCAUCUUUAUAUUUUUAAAAUUGUAUUGCUGCUCAAGAAUGGUACCCUGUUGUCAAAAAGACGUACAUUCAUAAUUGUACAUUCAGCAUUGUAAAUAACCUUAUGAAAUCCUUUUUGAUUGAAGCUAUUCAAAAUAAAAAUUUAAAUGAAUAAUA